UACUUGAGUUACAAAUUGGAAAUUGUCAGCCCCAAAAUGUCAUGGAAGUUCCUCUUCUUCAGCAUCGCCAGUCCGCCCAUCAACGCGCUCGGGUCUUGGCACCAAGCUGCGAUGUCAUGUGAUAUCAGGUGAUUAUGUGUCACAUGAUUAGAUCGAUGGAUCACGUGCUUGUAGUUCUCCAGUUUGGGCAAGUCGUAUUCGCUACAGAGCCCCUUGGGUUGCCCAAGGCUAAAUCUGGCCGGUGUUCUAGAGCCAAGAGCACAGCCCUUGGAGCCUUUCUUGCUAAUUAUUGGAUGACAUUCCUUCAGAUUGUUCUUUUUUAGGUUAUGCUUUGGAACACCC